AUGUGGAAAUUUUUGGCUAUCAUUGGACUUAUAUUUUCCUAUUGUAGUGCACAAUUAUUGGAUUCAUUAUCAUUUGACAAUAACUGGAUAAAUACUCACUAUAUUCGUACAAUUGAUCUUUCCAAAGGAUUUGUUAAAGAAACUGAUUUAAUUCAAAUUAAAAAUAUAAAUGAUAAACCUCAAAAUGAAUAUUAUUUUGUUGUUAAUGAUGGAUUUGAUAGUAUCGAUGAAUUGAGUGUUUUCACUGCCUUUGUUGAUGAUAAAGUAUUAGAAAUUAAAAUUGAUGAAGUUAUUCCUGAUAAAGUUUAUAAAUUAAUUUUACCAGUUCCAAUUGCUCCAAAUUCUGAUGUUGAAUUGAAAAUUAAUUAUGUCUAUAUUGAUAGUUUAAUCAGUAUUCCAAGUAAAAUUUCAAUGGAUUCAACUCAACAAUUGUUGUAUAAAACUAAUAAAUUCCCAUUCUCACCUUAUGUAACCCAAGAAUAUACUUUGGCACUUUCUGGUAUGUCAAAGGGUCAAGAAAUGGAAUUACAUAUUGAUGUUGAUGAAACUCCUGGUUUACCUACAUUAAAACCAAGAGUUGAUGAUCAAGUUUUAAAAUAUGGUCCAAUUGCUGAAGAUAUCCCAGCAUUUGCUUUAAAACCAAUGGGUUUGAUGUAUGAUCAUAAUCGUCCGUUAACUAAAGCUGUCAGUUUGAAUAGAUCUAUUUGGUUACCUGCUUCUGACAUCAAUAAAGUUUCAAUUGAAGAAUAUUAUGAAUUGACUAAUACUGGUGCUGAAUUAGAUAAAGGAUUCUCCAGAGUUGAUUGGAUGAAAGGUAGAUAUGAAGGGGUUAGAAACCAUUGGGCGUUAAGUCAUUUGGAAUUUCCUUUAUUAGACAGAGCUUUUGAUGAUUAUUAUUAUACCGAUAAAGUUGGUGUUGUUUCUACUCACAAGAUCUUCAAGAAUCAUUUAUUAUUACAACCAAGAUAUCCAAUUUUCGGUGGUUGGAAAUAUAAUUUCACUCUUGGAUGGUCUGAAGAUUUAUCUAAGUUUGUUCAUAAAUUACACGGGGAAGAAAAUCAAGAUGAAUAUAUUAUUAAAUUCCCUAUUUUGAAUUCAUUAAGAGAUGUUACUUAUGAAGAUGUUUAUUUAGAAUUUUAUUUACCAGAAAAUGCCGAAUUCCAAAAUGUUUCAUCCCCAAUUCCAUUUGAAUCCAUUAGUAUUGAAAAUGAAUUAUCUUAUUUGGAUGUUUCAAAAGGUCAUACUAAAGUCACGGUACAUUAUAAGAAUUUAUUUGAUGAUUUGCAUAAAUUGGAUGUUUUUGUUAAAUAUCAAUACACUCAAGUUGCUUUCAUUUACAAGAUUGCCAAAAUUUCCGGAUUUGUAUUUUUGGGAUUAAUUAGUUAUUAUUUGUUAGGAUUACUUGAUCUUUCUAUUUAA